AUGAGGGGCAGCGGUACCGUGAAUUUCGUUUCGCUCGUUUUAAUAUUGCUUGCCCUUUGCUUGCCUCCAGUUGGUUCAACCCAGACUGGACAGCUGGAGGCGCAUGGCAAACGGGGCCACGGGCAGGCGACGAGCCGGAAGACCGAACAUGGUGCACCUUUGCGGCAGAUUCUGAGUGAGAUGUCAGUUGAGCAAAGACGUCUCGCUGCUAAGGCAGCUGGAGAUUUAGGGGCCUCUGGAUAUCUUGGGGCGGCCGUGGCGGCCGCACCCCGACUCCCUGCUGGCAGGGAAAGAAUGCAUGAAGAUCUUUCGGAAGGUUUGGCUUCCACCAGUCGCGUAAAACGGAAAAGGGAUACAACCGGACUGAAGAGCCAAGGCAAGAGGCGCCGCCAUUUAAAGCUGUUUUCCGCUGGGUUUUUGCUGCUGGCGUCAAUCCUCUAUGGUCAGUAUUUGCUUCGUACCGGGUCUUCCCCAGAGAAGUCGGCACUGGCUAGAUUGCGCGGCGACGAACAGCCGACAAUCGAUUCCACAGCCGUGCCUAGUUCGGAUGUCUCUUCAGACAGGGAUGUCUCUUCAGACAGGGAUGUCUCUUCAGACAGGGAUGUCUCUUCAGACAGGGACCAUGGCGACCGGCAGGUUGAUGCCGACCAGCGUCGGCGGCGUUCCAGGAAAGUGCUUGUCGCCGUUGUCUCUGUAGUGGCAGCAGCUGCGGUGCUGUAUGCUGCCUCCCGCUUUGUCAGAUAUGAACCCGGUACAUCUCUCGCGUUUGAUUCCGCAGGAGAUCGAGCUCGAACUGCGGCAUCGCAACCUGGAUUCGUUCAGCCUGGUGAACACGCUGACGGCUCGCAAGAAGUAGUGGGCCAUCCAGGGGAUGCAGAUACUGUGGAAGAGUCAGGGGGAGAAUCAGUUCUAUCGGAAGGGACAGACUCUGGUCCAGCUGGACUCGAUAGCGAAGGACCUAUGUCCCGGUGGAUAUGGAAUGCAAUCAUGGUGAUGAUUCUCGCUCACUCCGGAGCAUCGAUCGGAUCAGGUGUCCGCAAGUUGAUGCAUGCACGGCUAGUGCUUCGUGACUUGGAGGAACAUCGAGACGCGGCAGCAGACCGUUACCGACAACUUCGACAACAAGCAGAGGAGCUCGUGCGCUUGGCAGCUGAGAAGAGAGAAAGCAUAGCACGUGCGCAAGCGGGGGAAAAUACUGAACCGCACAAGGAGGAAAUGCAAGGCAUCGAAGAGGAAUACCUGAAACUAAAAGAGAAGCUGGCAACCGCUCAUAGGGAACGGGAAGUUCUGGCUGAUAAGCAUGAAGAGAUAAAGAGAGCAACUGCAGAAACCGAAAAUCCGCAAGCAGCGCGUCUCCGCGAAACACAGAAUUACGCGAGCUCACUGUUUAGGCAAGUGCAUGAUCUGACUGCAGAGCUCGAAAACCUGCAAACUGAAGAGGCGAAACUGCGCGCCGUGCUGGAUGGCACCCAAGAUCCUGCCACUGGCCGCUUGACACAAGACGCGAACAGGACGGCCGGCCAGCUACAGGCUGCGCUCGAUUCGCUGUCACAGUUACAAGCGACAUCCCAGCAGAGGAUGGAGGAGCUGGAGGAUCUCAAGAGAGAGAUAGACGAUCUAACCUCGGAGGAGAGCCGUCUGCUGCGACAGAACCGAGUAGCGGCUGAAGCAAGGAAUAAAUCGAGAAAGGAAGUCAGGGAAACAAGGUCGAAACGGGAUGAUGCCGUAAAAGCUUUGAAUGAAGUGCGUGUUCGCGAACAGGCCCUAAGCAAGGAGCUUAUGGAAAAAGAAGAAUUACUGAAAAAGUUGAGAGAUACAGAAGGGUGUACAGCAGAUGAUGAUCUUCGAGUGCAAAUCUUGGCGCAUUUGCAGUAA